CGGAGCAAACGUGAACAUCUGGAGAAGCUAACAGAGGUAUUCAGGAGACUACAGAGCGCGAACCUGCGGAUUAAUCCAGACAAAUGCCACUUCUUCCAAAAGGAGCUAAAGUACCUGGGACACGUCAUAAGCGAUCGGGGCAUACGGACAGACCCGGACAAAGUAGCGGCAAUUCGAGACUUACCAGCGCCGAGAUCCACAAAGGAAGUACACAGCUUUUUAGGAAUGGCGUCAUGGUACCGACGGUUCAUACCAAAUUUCACCGAACAGGCAGGAGCGUUGCAAGGUUUAAUCAGGAAAGGACAAAAAUUUGAAUGGACCAAGGAACAACAGGAAUCGUUUGACCAACUGAAAACGAGCCUAACAAAGGCACCGGUACUGGCAUGCCCCGAUUUCACAAGGCAAUUUAAACUACAAACGGAUGCCAGCGACUUAGGCGUAGGCGCGGUCUUAACGCAGGACGGAGAGGACGGGGAGCAUGUGAUAGCGUUUGCCAGCAGGAGGUUGAGUAAAGUAGAGAAAUUACAGCGCAACUGAAAAAGAAUGCUUAGCAAUAUAUUGGGGCAUCAACAAGUACAAGAUGUACCUCAAAGGCUAUCGGUUCAUAGUGAUAACAGACCACAUGGCUUUGAAGUGGCUAAACUCAAUAGAAAGCCCGUCGGGAAGAGUGGCCAGAUGGGCGCUAGGCCUACAACCAUUCCAGUUUGAAGUCCAGUACAGAAAGGGAAAAUGGAAUGCGGUAGCAGACGCCUUUUCCAGAACACCACAGAACGAGUUGAAAACAAUACAGUACACGGAGGCAUGGAUUGAGGAAAAAUACAAGGACCUGGAACGAGACCCAAAAAACACGGAAUUCAAGAUAGAGGCAGGCAGGCUAUAUAAACUGGGUAGCAAUCGGAGAGACACACAACCAUGGAAACUAUGCAUAACUGAAGCUGAAAUUCAACACCGUGGGCAACCAUAUGUGUGGAUUUCGUGGGAACUCUACCCAGAUCAAAGCACGGGAACACCACACUAUUAGUAAUCGUGGACAAAUUCUCGAAGUGGGUAGAACUUGCAGCAAUCAGACAGGCUACAGCGGACGCAUUCCUACGAGUCUUUAGAGAAAGGGUAAUUGCGAGAGUUGGAUCGCCAAAAACUCUGAUCUCGGAUAAUGGGGUCCAGUUCACAGGAGGAAAAACAAGAAAGCCCUUGGAAAAAUGGGGGAUACGGCAACAGUUGACGACACUGUACACGCCCCAGGAGAACCCUACCGAGCGAACGAAUCGAACAGUUAAAACGAUGAUCGCACAGCUAGCAGGAGAGGAUCAGACCACGUGGGACGAACAUUUACCAGAGCUAAUGCUGGCAUACAAUAGUAGUGUAUCGGAAUCUACAAAAUAUAGCCCUGCGCAGCUAGUAUUCGGGAAAGAGUUAAGAUUACCAAACACGAUGUUCGACAGGGUAACAAAAGGAUCGGGGUUACAGGAGGAAAGUAUAGAACAAAGAUGGAACAGGCUAAAAGGCGUACGAAAGGAGGCAACACAGUAUACAGAAGAAGCCGCGGAACAACAAAAACAUCACUACAAUCUACGGAAAGGGGACUGGAAACCAGAUGUCGGUGACUUGGUAUGGUGCAAGACGCACUAUCUGUCAAAAGCGGCAGAAAAAUUUAACGCCAAACUAGCACCAAAGUACGACGGCCCCUGGAAGGUAACCAAUUUCGUGUCACCAGUGAUCAUGACAGUGAGAUACCAGAAAACCCGAAAAACAAAGAGUAUAUUCAUCGGAAACAUCAAACAAAAAGAUGAACAAAUUUACGGAAGCGGCGCGAAAAUUCCGGGACAAACACGCAAAGUUACGGGCGGCACAAACGAUGGCAAAACUCAUAGAGCGAUGGCGGGAACCGCUCAGAAGAGGACAGCACCGGCAAAAAUGAAAACCACGGCACCAUCCGGGAGUAUCCAGUCCAGGCAAGGCAACAGCCAAACGGCCAAAACUGCCCAGGAGAAAAGGGCAACCGAGACACCGGAUAGGGACAUUCUAGAGCUCCACGAGGAGGAGGGAGCAAUCCUGUCCAGAACAGCCAAAAACGACAUUAAGGAGAAGCUGGUAGGGAAGAAACCCGGAAAGCAGCAGCGCUGGCUGGUGAAAGAUGGAGAGAAGAUUUGGCGAGUAACCCCACCCGUGCUGGUCCUAUCGAGCAACUGGACGGCUCCCGAUACCAGGUAUUCUAAGCGUAAGAAGGAAGCGAAGGCUGCAAGGGCGGCACCCGCGAAUCCGGAGAAUUCGGAGAACCCUAGCGAAAGGACAAAUCGGACUGUCAAGACGAUGAUAGCCCAACUCACCUAG